GAGAAUAUCAAGGAAGAUAUUGCGUUACCUGUGAGGAUUAUGUGAGCGAUAGUAAAGUUAUUAACAACAAUUUAUGUCCGACUCCUAAUUGUCAGUCCGAAUUACGAAAAAUUAAAGAACCGGCUUAUUUUUUGCGAGUUAGUAAUUAUUACCAACAAUUGGUAGAGCAUUAUCAAAAAAACCCUGAUUUUCUUUUGCCACCUAAUAUUAAAAAAGAAUUAUUUGAAAAUUUUCUCAAAAAUGAAAGGCGAGAUUUGUGCAAAAUCGAGCCUGGAGAAACGUCCGAAACUGCGGCCAAAAGAGAAAUAUUAGAAGAAACUAAUUUAACAAUUACGGAUUUGGAAGAGAUUGAAAUCAAGGUUCAAGAAAAGGAAUCAAUAGGAGAA